AUGGAGGUCGAGACGGCCGACGCGGUCGACCGCUUCCGCGCCGCAGUGCUCGGCCAACUCGGCCUCGACGAGUUCGCCGACAUCCUCGACAACGUGCCGCCCGGCCUCGACGAGCUGCUUGCCCUCGCUGAGACGCUGGCGGUCGUGCGCGGCGCCGAGCCGGACACCGACGGCGCAGCCUCGCUCACAGGCUUUGAGCGAGUCGUCUUCGACACGGCGCCCACCGGCCACACGCUGCGGCUGCUCGCCUUUCCAGAGUUCCUCGACAACCUUCUCGGCAAGGUGGUGGCGCUCAAGGCGCGCCUCCUCGCCGCCAUCGGCCUGCUCAAGGGCGUGCUGGGAGGCAACGACCCCACCGACAAGAUCGAGGCCGCCGUCGCGCGCCUCCAGCGCUGGCGAGACCGCGUCGCCUCCCUGCGCGAGCUGCUCACCGACGAAGCCGUGACCGACUUCGUCGUCGUCGGCAUCCCGUCGCGCCUCGCCGUCGCGGAGUGCGCGCGGCUGCUCUCUGCCCUCGCCGACCAAGGCGUGCCGGUCUCGCACCUGAUCGUCAACCAGGGGCGCGAGCUCAAGCGGCUCGACGGCUCUUCCCCGCUCGGCGAGCUCGCGCUCUCGCGGCUGCCCUUCUUCGACCUCGAGAUGCGGGGCGUCUUCCCGCUGCAGUACGACCGGUUCGUCCUCGUCGGCGGCAAGGGCGGCGUCGGCAAGACCACGACCUCAGCGUCGCUGGCGGCGCCGAUUUUUCGCGACUUUUUGACCGCGCAAGAUAAAAGGGUGGCUAAGGGCUCUGCCCGCAAGGCGCCCGCGUCGCAGACGCGGUACCAUUGA